CCUUUCCAGACCUCCCUCUGUCUGCGGACUAACCCGCUGCUGUACCGGCUCUGCUGUAGCUGUUCUGCCAUGUCAGUGGAGGAUGUUAUUCUAGGUUUAUUUAUAAGAGGGUAAAAAAAAAACGGGAAGAUGCGCCUAGAGGGGAAACGUCACAUUUUCAGUGGGAGCGACAGUGUGGAGAGACUGUGACCGAGCCGGGGAGCGGAAUAUGCGGCACUCUCCCUCCGCACGUCGGACCAAAGCGUUGGAUCAUUACCGGAUAAACGUCCUGUAGCUGGAUGAUGUGAUUUUUCUUUUUCUUUUUUUUUCGGCCACACGGAGGAUUUAUGAUCGCACCACGUUUCAGCGGGAACCUGGAUGAUCCUCCAGUCACGCCACCCCGGACCCCCCAGACCAGUUUCAUGGGAUGAGGACCAAAAGGCUGACGGUGCCCUAGAAUAAAUAAAAGGCGGCAUCACUCAAAGUUUAUUCAACUGUCACCAAAAUAGUAGGAUUUUGUGGUUAUUGUACCGCGAUUAGAUAUUAAAUAAUGACUUAGGAAAGGCGUAUUUUGUCUGUCUACAUGUUAAAAUUACUGGAUCGCUAAUUAAGAGAAUAUUACAAACUAUAAAUAGAGUUUGAGGUUGAGAACUGUUUCCUUAUACAGGCCAGUUUAGAUAAUUUUGGUUAAAUGGAGCAAAAUAAAGUUAUUAUUCCAGCACUGAGGAUGCCACCGUGGGAGUCCUUUCAGGGAACGGAGACUGGAGAAUGAAAGCGGGAUAUCUGUGCCUUUAACCGGACAUUGAGGCGAACCAAGGAGACAGUCACCUUUUCUUUUCUUUUCUUUUUCUUUUUUUUUUGGAUUGGUCCAAAAAAUAUUUUUUGCGUGCCCCUUUGGACUCCUGCACAAUGGGGAUUAUGCUUCAAGUUAUUCUAGGAAUGUUUCAGUUCCUGCUGCUCACCAGAAUACCGACCUCCCAUGCCAAGCUUGCUCACUGGCGGCCUGCAGACUCCCCCAAAUCCAGAGAGGGUCGAGAAGUGCGGCGGUGGUUGGAGGUGUACUCGAGGAGUGGAUGCGAGCCUCGGGACACUCUGGUGGAGGUCUGGCGGGAGUUGCCGGGGGAGACCCACCACCUCUUUGUCCCGUCCUGCGUGUCAGUGAGGCGAUGUGGCGGCUGCUGUGCUGACGAGGCCCUGGAGUGUGUGCCCUUGCUCACACACACACUCACCAUGGAGCUGAUGAGGACCUCCUUCAUGAAGCAUGAGCUCAUUGAGUUGCCCUUUGUGGAGCACAGCCAGUGUGAGUGCAGAUUAAAAGAACAGUUCCAGCCAACACCUACAACAAGGCCAUAUUUGAAGCCAACAAGAAAAGGCAAGAAAAAGGAGAGGGGGAAGUCCAGACAGAAGACAAGUGGAGCCAUCAGAGCUGCGACCCUUGCUCCCCGAACUCUUCCGCCCCCAUCUUCUCCUCCUCCUCCUCCAUCACCUCCUCCCACUAUCUUCUCCUCCUCUCCCUCUCCGUCUUCCUCUGCGAGGCCGUGUUGCCGCCCCUGCAAAGGCAGGAAGUGGGCAUUGGACUCAACGUCAUGUCAGUGCCGCUGCACCAUCACAGCUGAGAACUGCAGCAGGAAAGGCAGGAGGCUCAACCCUCACCGCUGCAGGUGUGAUGCCAUGAGGACUUGAUGUGUCCACCCAUUUUCUCUUCACCUCCUUCUCUCCACCUGCCCCUGCUGAUUCAUUGUCGACUCUCAGCUUCACUGCCAUGGAGCAUACAAACGCUUGGACAUCCAGUAUCUCAGAGUGAAGGAAAUAUUAGCAGAAGCACACCCAAGAACCUGUAGUAGUGCUCUAUUAAAGCAACACAUGCUGCAUUACGGCCUCAAUAUACUGUAGAUCUACGUGUGUUUGUGUGUAGGUGUGUGUACGUGUCUGCAGCCAAACAUCUAACCACCUCCGUGCUUCUGUGGAAAAGCUUCCAUCAGUCCACAUGUACGUGCAUGUACAGAUGUGUAGAGUCACAAAGCUCAUCCCACGAGUGGAGGGAUGAAAGUGGCAUAAAAAUGGCAACUGAGAGACGUGGAAAUAACCAGAAAAAAAAUUUGUCAGUGGACACAGACCCACCGUGAACAUACUCCUGUCCUGCUGUGGGAAAGAGUUUGGACCCAAGAAGUUCUUUCUCCUGCAGUUUAAAUACAAGAGAACAAUGGAAACAGGAAUGAUCAUACUGUACAAGAACAGCAGAGAUGAAGUGGACCGGUCUUAAUCAGGUGUCUUCUGUGUUGAUGCUUCAGUGGAAGUUGUGACUUGUUGCUUGCAAGGAAACUGCACACGGAGAUGUUAAGUCAAGGCCAAUGUUUGUGCAGAGGAUUUGGAAAACAUGGGAAACAGAUUAUUGGUAGACACAAACACACCCAGACAUACCAGAAGGACAUAGGACAUGCACAUGAACUGGCACCCCAGUGUGUGCGGACCUUUAGUUGAGCUGAAUGCUGGGAUGGAGUGUAUCUGUGUGGUCUCCCCUCUGAAAGACCCAGAUGGGUUAUCCCUGCAGCCGUUCUCUCUCAUUCAAAGCAUAUGUCCACGGGCUGGCUCUCCAAGCCGCUUUUCGGCAUUUGUUUAAUUUGGGCCUUUUGUCUCCAUCUUUUCUCGGCACCUCGAUUGAAAGCAGUCGCUUUGCCUCUCUUUGCCUCUCUUUUAGGCAGUGAGGAGAAUGACAAUAAUGAGGGCCUGGCGGCUGUCCACUACUUCACACACAAGCAUUCACACUUAUAAUACCAGGAACACAGACGACACUGCACAUUCAGACACACACAACCUCACUCACUCUGUGCUACAGCAGGCACACACUUACAUACAUGUAUAUGCGCACACACAUGCAAUGUGAAAUAAAUGCAGGUAGCCAUAAGCUUUUGUUCAUGCCACACCAAGUGUGCAACUAAAUGUCAGUUGUUUAUAUUUGCAAAGUUGUCAUUAAGUAUUGUGUUAAAUGCCUGUGUUUUAUAUUUUAUUAUAAUUCUGUCAAGUUGAUUGAACAGAUAUUCUAUAUUGCAGAAUGUGUCUUUGUUUUGUUUUUGUUCAUCCUUAAUCCAUCUGCAUAAAGAGUCACGCUGGGUGGCCAGCUAUGUACACACUCAGCAUCUAAACCGACACCCAAAUGUGUUGAAUUUAAACAGAGACGGCUCACACAGGCCACAAAUGGGAGACUAUAUACAUUAUAAUGUGUAAUUCAAACAAUCAGUGGGCCAGUGUUGUGCACAGCACUCAGAAUCCAAGCAAAUAGCAGUUCCCAGUGCAGUGAAAGGAAAACAUGGCUGUUGUUGUUGCAUGUUCGAGCCGGGAUGGAAAGAGUGUUAUUCAUCUGGAACAUAACUUGUUUAUAUUCUGACUGAAUCUCGCGGUUUAACUCCACAUUGGUUCGCAGCUGCUCAGCUGCUGGGGCGGGAACUGGGAUUUGAACUGUGACUGGUUCAGAAAGGAUGAGGUCUAGAGCAGCUUGUCAGUCAGCAUGACUGUCGUGAAGAGGACCCAUUAUGGCAGGUCAGGGAGUUGAAACCCAUUUUAGACAUGCUCAUUCAGAGCCUGUGUUAAAUUUUAGCUGCAUGAGAAACUGUAGCUUUUAAACUCCAUGAUUCACAUCCAUACUCUCCCCUGGGACUUGUGCCAUCCUGCUGAUUGAAGAAUAGUCACUCAGAGACUGCGUGCAGUCCAGAGUCUCAAUUAUGUGUGUGUCAACCUUGAUGAGAUUAGUUUUGUCCAUGCUGAAGUUCAUUGUUCAGUGUUUGUUAUUACUGUCAAUCAAUGCUUCAAUCACUACCUCUAUAUCAUAACAUAAUAAUGACCAAGUAUUAGAGCACUGUUGUUACUUUCUCUGCGUUAUCCCAGACCUCUUUUAAGAUAGUGAUGAUUGAGAUUAGCAAUAAGCGCAGUCUCCAGUGUGGAGACUUGGAGCUGCGGCAGAUAUGUAUUGAUGAUCACCGGUUUGGAGGAACCUAUAGGAGAUUUCUGAGCGCUUCUUAUCAAUCUGAAGGGAAGCAUUUUUCACAAGAGGAGAGCUGACCUGGUCCUCUGAGUAUAGACCAGACACUGUGUGAUAAUGUGGAACAGGAGAUGGUUUCCCAAAGCCUAUGUUGCCCCAGACUAUUGGUGACCAACCUGGGCUUUGAAGAAAUGGUUACAGGUUUUGGGAAAUACACUUAUUUGCUUUUUUUGCUGAGAGUUGAUGAGAAGAUUGAUAUAAAUGCCAUGCCUGUACUGUAAAUAUGAAUCUGAAGCCAGCAGUCAGUUGGCUAAGCUUUGAAUGAAGAUUGGAAACAGAGAAUAACAGCUAGUGUGGCUCGGUCAGAAUGAAACAAAAUCUAUGUAGCAGCACCUCUAAAACUCACCUCUAGUUAACAUGUUAUGUCUCUUCUGCUUAAUCUGUAUUAAGACCAAAGUGGAAAAAAUGACAAGUUGUGGUUUUGCAGAGGUUGUAUGCCAAAUUAUUAAUUGAAACCUGCAACCAACAAAAGCUCCAAGAAGUCACUGCUCUCAGCCAAGAAAUAGUCUGGCUCAUAGUCCCCUGUAAAACAGUUUAUUGUAAUUUUUACACUUCAGUUUUUUUCACAGAUUUUACAAGCGAGAUGUAACACAUUCAUUUGUGAUCUUUAGAGUUACCGGUAUGCAGAAUUUCUGCUCUCUACCUUCUAUUCUCUACCUUUGGGCAGAGCAAGGCUAGCAUUUUCCCCCAGUCUCCAGUCUUUAUGCAAAGCUAAGCUAACCGAUAGCUGGUCAAGCUACAUAUUUACCAUGGAGUCAUGACAAUGGUAUCAGUCUUCUCAUCUAACUCUGCGAGGAUGUGAAUAAAUGUAUUUCCCAAAAUUUCAACUGUUCUUUUAGGUUUUUCUUACUCAGUUGUAGCCAUUUCUGCACAUGCACCUAUUUGUGUAAAAUGAGAUGUGUAAAUAUUUUCCAAGCUUCAUUUCUUAUUAAUACUGCAUUUCAUGAACAAGCAAACAAAUGUUUUGGGAAGCCAUGAACCUCAGUACAGAUUGCACUUGUGUUUGAGACUGCAAAGCACAUACUGAACAUUAGUCCACUGGGUGGGAAAAAAAAAUGUCUGUUGAGGGCAGAACUGAAGGACUUGGACUGAAAAGCUCCACUCAUGCAGACAUGCAUGACAUAUCAAAGACAUUCCACCAAAAGAGUUGUGGUGCUGAGAUGACUUUUUGGGGGCCUCUGGGGCUCCGACUGUUACUUAUUGUGACCAGAUUUUCUCAUUUUAAAGUACUAAUUCUGCAUCACAACUCUUUAAGAUAUACAGCUUAAUAUACUACUCAAAUGUCCUGAUCUUGUGUCAGUAUCAAACAUCAGUGUGCUUUGUGUCCGCACAGUCCAGUGUAAAGGUAGCCCUGUUCUUGCCUCCAGUGUCUUAGAAGCCUAUAGAGACCACUUACUAACUAUAUAACAUUUUAUAAUCUCUAAUAUUCAGCCAUGACCAUGUGUAUGACGUACAGCAUACAUUAGAAAUGUAUUUGUAACUUCGUUUUAGCUGUACUUUGCAAUGAAUCUCUUCUCUGCAAAUACAUUGUACUACUGUAGCUUAUGUAUAAAGAAAAAAACCUACACUUUUUUUUGCUGCUACACCAUUUGUGCCCUAUAAUGAUGUCUUUGUAGAAAACAAUGCAGUUUUAUGUUGUAUUAGUAUAUAAAUGCCAAUUAAUCGAUUCAAUGUCCACAUGAAAGUGUAUACUGCGUCGUCAAAUAUAUUGAAAAUGAUACCAGGAUGCAACCAUGAUGUUACAGAUGUUAUUAAAGGAA